AUGUCUCAAAUCCUGACUGUAUUUGGCUCCACCGGCCAGCAGGGCGGCUCCGUCAUCGACUUCGUGCUCAACGACCCAGAACUAUAUCGAAGGUACAAACUUCGUGCCAUUACCCGGAAUCCAGAUUCAGAAAAAUCACAGCAGCUCAAGUCCAGAAACAUUGAAGUCGUUCGUGGGGAUGUCACGGAUCGUAGCUCCCUCAAUGACGCAUUGACAGGAACACACACAGUCUUCCUUGUGACUGUACCUGAUUUUGGCCCCAAUGCUCUUCAAACUGAAUUUGAAUCAGCCAAAAAUGUUGUCGACCUUUCUUUGCAAAAGGGAGUACAGCAUAUCAUUUUCAGCAGCUUGCCAUCUAUCUCUGACAUUUCAGGGGGCAGAUAUACAAAGGUCACAAUGUUUGACGCAAAAGCCAGAGUGGAAUCUUAUAUUCGAAGCUUGCCAAUCAAGAGCACUUUCUAUUCUCCGGGCUCCUUUAUGGACAACUACAUCACCGUAGCCUCUCCCAGAAAGGCAAGUGACGAGAGCAAUACCUACAUCAUGGCUUUGCACAUCUCACCACAGACCAGGGUUCCGCUUGUGGAUGCAGGAGGUGAUACAGGAAAGUUCAUCGGGGCAAUACUUAUUAGUCCUGACAAGUACAACGGACAAGUAAUCUGCGGCGCGGAUCGACUUUACAGCCUGGAAGAGAUUGCGCAUACCAUCGGCAGAGCUACAGGGAAAGAUGUAGUUUACAGACAGAUCUCGGCAGAAGAGUAUGAAGCAUCUGUGCCAUUUGGCGGCGAUGUGCUCGUGCAGACAAUGAGUUACUUCGAGGAGUUUGGGUAUUACGGUGCCGAUACAGAGAGACUGGUUGCCUCAGCAGCUCGAGACACCAAGGGAAGACUCACGACAUUUGAAGAGUUUCUAACAAAGCGCCCUCUCAAAUUGGCUUGA